GUCAGUCUUCUUCUUAUUUCUCACCUUUAGAUUUAGAUAACCUCUGAUUUUAUUUUUUCUUCUAUCUGUUCUCAGAUUCUUAUAUUCAUCUUUAUAAUUCGUCUCCGAUCGUAUUCAUUUGUGGAAUGGUUUUGAACUGACUAGCCAUUUUGGUUCAGUUUUCAAGUUUCAUCUAGGUUUCUUCUCAUCCGCCAUUUUCGUUGACUUUUUGAAGCAUUUCUCAAAGGUGGUCUUUUUUCUCAGCUUGACUCUGUUCUUCACAUUGGUUCAUCGGAAAUUUGUAUGUUCUUCCGUAAAGUUCUGAUAUUUUCUUCAGGGCAUGCUUAAUUUCGUAUCUAUGAUCUUGUCUGUAUUGUUCAUACCUCAAAAAACCUUAGAAACGUUUUGAUCAAAUUACUGUUCAAUUGAUACUUGUCAUUGGAAUUAGAUUUAGGGGUUUUGUAUCUCUGUGGAUUUGAAGAUUAAAAAUAGAGACUUUGAGAGUGAUAUUACGUUGGAGGGCGAAAAAAUGGCUGCAACUGCAAUGGAGCCAUCAUCAUCUAUAAGUUUCACAUCUUCUCACUUAUCCAAUCCUUCUCCAGUUGUUACUAAUCAUCAUUCACCUGCUAAUCUUGAAGCUGAGAGUUUGAUCAAGCUCAGCUCUAACUUGGAGCAGCUUCUCACUAACCCAGAUUGUGACUACACUGACGCAGAGAUCAUUAUCGUAGAUGAGGCUCAACCUGUGAGUGUUCAUAGAUGCGUUUUAGCUGCUAGGAGCAAGUUUUUUCUUGAUUUGUUUAAGAAAGAUAAAGAAAGUAGUGGUAAGAGUGAGAAGAAACCAAAGUAUCAGAUGAAAGAUUUGUUGCCUUAUGGAAAUGUGGGACGCGAGGCGUUUCUGCAUUUCUUGAACUAUAUCUAUACUGGAAGGUUCAAGUCUUUUCCUAUCGAGGUUUCGACUUGUGUUGAUUCGGUUUGUGCUCAUGAUUCUUGUAAACCCGCCAUUGAUUUUGCUGUUGAGUUGAUGUAUGCUUCGCAUGUGUUUCAAAUGCCAGAGCUGGUGUCAUCGUUUCAGCGGAGGCUUUGCAACUAUGUUGAGAAGUCACUAGUCGAGAAUGUUAUUCCGAUCCUCUUAGUUGCCUUUCAUUGUGAUUUGACUCAACUUCUUGAUCAAUGCAUAGAGAGAGUGGCAAGAUCAGAUUUAGGUAGAUUCUGUAUCGAAAAGGAGCUUCCUUCCGAAGUAUCAGAAAAGAUCAAACAGCUUCGAGUUAAGUCGGUGAACGUCCCUGAGGUGGUGGAUAAAUCGCUAGAGAGAGCCGGGAAAGUACUUAAGGCAUUGGAUUCAGAUGAUUUGGAACUCAUGAAGCUUCUUUUGUCUGAGUCAGAUAUAACUCUAGACCAAGCCAAUGGUCUGCAUUAUGCAGUGGCAUACAGUGAUCCAAAUGUUGUGAUCCAGGUACUUGAUCUUAAUAUGGCUGAUGUGAAUUUCAGAAAUUCCCGGGGGUAUACGGUUCUUCAUAUUGCUGCUAUGCGUAGAGAGCCAAAAAUAAUUAUAUCACUUAUUCAAAAAGGAGCGAAUCCUUCAGAUUUCACGUUUGAUGGGCGCAGUGCUGUUAAUAUAUGUAGGAGACUCACUAAGCCAAAAGAUUACUAUACCAAAAACUCAAAGAAAGAACCUAGUAAAGACCGCUUAUGCAUCGAUCUUUUGGAAAGGGAAAUUAGAAGGAAUCCGUUGGUUAGUGGAGAUACACCCACUUGUUCGCAUUCGAUGCCCGAGGAUCUCCAGAUGAGGUUGUUAUACUUAGAAAAGCGAGUGGGACUUGCUCAGUUGUUCUUCCCAGCAGAAGCUGAUGUGGCUAUGCAAAUUGCUAAUGUUGAAGGGACAAGCGAGUGCACAGGUCUUGUUAUUCCACCUCCAUCAAAUGGUACAACUGGAAACUUGGGUCAAGUCGAUUUAAAUGAAACGCCUUAUGUGCAAACGAAAAGAAUGCUUACACGUAUGGAAGCCCUCAUGAAAACAGUUGAGACAGGUCGGAGGUAUUUCCCAUCUUGUUCUGAGGUUCUGGAUGAGUACAUGGAACAGUAUAUGGACGAAGACAUCCCAGAUAUGUCGCAUCCCGAGAAAGGCUCUGUGAAAGAGAGAAGACAGAAGAGGAUGAGAUAUAACGAACUGAAGAACGAUGUUAAAAAAGCGUAUAACAAAGACAAAGAGGCCAAGAUUGCGCGGUCUUGUCUAUCUGAUUCAUCAGCAGAUUCUUCUCUUAGGGAGGCCUUAGAGAACCCAACAUAAUCUGUAUGUCCCAUAUAACUAAUGCUACUAGAGAUAGUUCCUUCCUUGGGAAGAAGAAGUUAGCUAUUUUAUAGGUUGAUUUAGAAAAGAUUGGAGAACCCCAUUUUGGUAUACAGGUUUAUCUGCACACAUGCCUUUAGGUUUGAUUUGUAUUUGAGGGUUUGGAUUUUUGAAAUGUAUAAAGCAAAACUAGGAUGCUCAGUCUUAACCCAAAA